CUUUCAAGCCAAUCGGUUGGCUUCGCUCGGUUCCUUCCACAAACUUUACGGAUUACGAUACAAUCACUUUGGCUGCUGUUGAACUCUAAGAGAAUCCACUUGAGCCAUGGCAAAAGUGCCGAUCACGCUGAUGAUCAUUGCGCUCGUUUCGGCGUCUGCGGACCUGGGUUGCGACUUGGCCCAUCACAGCUGCCGCAUCGAUGUCACCGCGGAAAACAGUCUCAAGCAACGCCACAUUCCCGCCGACAUAGACAUCACGCUGCAGUGUAUCCGACCCACGGCCAAAUGGUUCUAUCAGGAUAAGUUCCAGCUGAGGGCCACGGUGCUGCAACUGGAACGAGCCCAAUCCUGGCAGUCGGGGAACUACGGCUGCUUGGAUGGCCAGAACAGAUGGUUUAAUGUCUCCCUGAUAAUUGGCUACAAGGAGGCUGGGGGCAAUGAUAUAGCCAGCUUUGCCAAUGUGGAGACUGCCCAGAGGAUACCCCAGUCGGAUAUUUUCUUCCAACCGCUAAAUGCGAACGCCUCCCUAAAAUUGUUGCAACCACUUCCGGAGUUCGUGCAACGCACUGCGGGCGGUCUCUUCCAGCUGAGCUGUAGCCCCAAGGAUCCGGAGGCAACGGGAGUGAAUAUUUCUUGGCUGCACAAUGACAAGCAAAUCCUCGGCGGACGCGGCAGAAUUAAGAUCAAAAGGUGGUCACUAACCGUUGGACAACUACAGUCGGACGACGCGGGAAUCUAUCGCUGUGAGCUAUGUGUGGAGCAGGAAUGCCAGAAGAGUAACCCCACCCAUCUGGAGGUGGUCAGCCGGAGUCACAGAGUGCCCGUCUUGAUGCCCGGAUAUCCCCAAAACGCCACCGUUGCACUCGACGAAAAUGUGAGCUUCCAGUGUCGGCUGGAGGAUUCCCCACUGGAGCCCAAGAUAACGUGGCUGCACCAGGCGAGCGGUGUUAAUAUCGAGGACGUACUGCAGCUACUGAAGCAGCAAUCCCAGCUGCCGAAGGGCUUCGAGCCCAUGUUAACGCAAAAGGACGAGCCGCAGGUCCUUCGUCUGGGAAGUGUUUUAAUGGAGGACUCCGGCUGGUACAUCUGCAUAGCCGAGAAUCAAAUAGGACGCACUGUUGCCGCCGCCUAUCUCGAACUUUAUAGUCCUGAAGACACAACCACUGCUCGUGUAUCCACCAGUAGCACAGUAGGCACACCCAUACCACCUGCACCCAUCCCGGAAGACACAGACGAUGAGGCGGACAACGCGUCUGGGGAUGCCGCUGCCGCCGAGCGUCCGCCCGUGUUCAAAAAGGAAUUGAAACGACUCCAGCAUACUGUGGCCGGCAACACCAUGACCCUGGCCUGCCCCGUUGACGGUAAGGCGAACAUCACUUGGACCAAGGACAGGAAUCCCUUGAAUCGUGGACUUGGAGUUUAUGUAAAGAAGAACUAUAUCCUGCGCUUUGUGGAGGCCACCAGCGCGGAUUCGGGAAAGUACACUUGCAAAGUGUGCAACUCUUUCGGUUGCAUCUCCUUCGACUUUGACGUUUUAGUCAACGAGCGUACCCGAUCCUCGCCCAUCAUCGUGGUGCCACAGAACCAGACUGUGAUGGUGAACGGAAGUCUGGACAUUAAGUGCAGCGUCCUCUCGGAUCUCCAUCCCACUGCCCGAUGGGAGCGCGCUGUGCUGCGGAAUGACUCCCUGGGAGGCUCCAGGGCAGUGGAGUUCGCCCGCCUCAACUUCACCGUGACGAACAACUCCGUUGUUCUGGAGCUGCGCAAUGUGACCCACGAGCAAGAGGGCUGGUACACCUGCGUGGCUAUGAACACGCUGGGAAGCAGCAACUCCAGUGUCUACCUGAGGGUUAGGAACCCUCUGCCGCCCCUGGAGAUAUACGCCUUGCUGCAUGCCAAUCCGCUGGGAUUUACGUUGGUUGCCAUUAUUGUCGUGGCGCUGUUUCUUUUGGGCAGUGCCUUUAUAACAAUCAUGCUUCGCCGAAUGAGGCGGGAGAAGCUUCUGAAGCUCCGCAUCGAGACGGUGCACCAGUGGACGAAGAAGGUGAUCAUUUACCGACCGGCCGGAGAAGAGGGGAGCACCUGCAACUCCGGUGACCUGCAGAUGCCAGUCAUCAAAAUUGAAAAGCAACGUACGACCGUAUCGACAACGGGAUCGGGAGGUGCUGAUCCCGCCCAGGCCUUCAACGAGUACGAAUUUCCGCUGGACUCCAACUGGGAGAUCCCAAGGCAGCAGCUCAGCUUGGGCUCAAUCUUGGGCGAGGGAGCCUUUGGGCGCGUGGUAAUGGCAGAGGCGGAGGGACUGCCCAGAAGCCCCCAGCUGGCCGAGACCAUUGUGGCCGUAAAAAUGGUCAAGGACGAGCACACGGACACGGACAUGGCCAGCUUGGUGCGCGAGAUGGAGGUGAUGAAGAUGAUAGGCAAACACAUCAACAUUAUAAACCUGCUGGGCUGCUGCAGCCAGGGCGGACCACUGUGGGUGAUCGUCGAGUAUGCGCCACACGGCAACCUCAAGGAUUUCCUCAAACAGAAUCGACCAGGAGCUCCGCAGCGGCGCAGUGACAGCGACGGCUACUUGGAUGACAAGCCGCUGAUUCCACCACAGGAGCUGGGCGAGAAGGAGCUCACCAAAUUUGCCUUUCAAAUUGCUCGAGGAAUGGAAUAUCUAGCCUCACGACGGUGCAUCCAUCGCGAUCUAGCCGCGCGCAAUGUGCUCGUCAGCGAUGGCUAUGUGAUGAAGAUAGCCGACUUUGGUCUUGCUAGGGAUAUCCAGGAUACGGAUUACUACCGGAAGAACACCAACGGCCGGCUGCCCAUCAAGUGGAUGGCGCCAGAGUCGCUGCAGGAAAAGAAAUACGACUCCCAGAGCGACGUGUGGAGCUACGGGGUGCUGCUUUGGGAGAUCAUGACGUAUGGGGAACAGCCGUAUCCGCACAUUCUGUCCGCCGAGGAGCUCUACAGCUACCUGAUCACGGGCCAGCGCAUGGAGAAGCCGCCCAAGUGUUCCCUAAAUAUCUACGUGGUGAUGCGUCAGUGCUGGCACUUUGAGCCCUGUGCACGGCCCACGUUCACGGAGCUGGUGGAGAGCUUCGACGGGAUCCUGCAGCAGGCGAGCAGCAACCCCAACGAUGCUUAUUUGGAUCUUUCGAUGCCCAUGCUGGAGACUCCGCCCUCAUCGGGGGAUGAGGACGACGGCUCCUACAGCGAGACAUUCCGAGAGACCUCUCCGCUUAGAUACCACUAUACAUAUAAGUUUAAUUAGUACCUAGAUCUAGGCAACCAAGAACUUCCGACGAGUCUAUGCAAUCCCAUCGAAAUAUCGCUAAGCACUAAUGUUUCUUCAUUUCCUUCCA